AUGUUCACGGCCUACCUAGACAGUGAUGUGGAGGGGGAGUGGUGCUGCACUGGAGGGGGAGUGGUGCUGCACUGGAGGGGGAGUGGUGCUGCACUGGAGGGGGAGUGGUGCUGCACUGGAGGGGGAGUGGUGCUGCACUGGAGGGGGAGUGGUGCUGCACUGGAGGGGGAGUCGUGCUGCAGUGGAGGGGGAGUCGUGCUGCACUGGAGGGGGAGUGGUGCUGCAGUGGAGGGGGAGUCGUGCUGCACUGGAGAGGGAGUCGUGCUGCAGUGGAGGGGGAGUGGUGCUGCACUGGAGGGGGAGUGGUGCUGCACUGGAGGGGGAGUGGUGCUGCACUGGAGGGGGAGUGGUGCUGCACUGGAGGGGGAGUGGUGCUGCACUGGAGGGGGAGUGGUGCUGCACUGGAGGGGGAGUGGUGCUGCACUGGAGGGGGAGUGGUGCUGCACUGGAGGGGGAGUGGUGCUGCACUGGAGGGGGAGAGGUGCUGCAGUGGAGGGGGAGUGGUGCUGCAGUGGAGGGGGAGUGGUGCUGCAGUGGAGGGGGAGCGGUGCUGCAGUGGAGGGGGAGUGGUGCUGCAGUGGAGGGGGAGUGGUGCUGCAGUGGAGGGGGAGUGGUGCUGCAGUGGAGGGGGAGUGGUGCUGCACUGGAGGGGGAGUGGUGCUGCACUGGAGGGGGAGUGGUGCUGCACUGGAGGGGGAGUGGUGCUGCACUGGAGGGGGAGUGGUGCUGCACUGGAGGGGGAGUCGUGCUGCACUGGAGGGGGAGUCGUGCUGCAGUGGAGGGGGAGUCGUGCUGCAGUGGAGGGGGAGUGGUGCUGCAGUGGAGGGGAAGAGGUGCUGCAGUGGAGGGGGAGUGGUGCUGCACUGGAGGGCGAAAUCGCUCCGAUUUGGAAGAAUCCAACAGCACCUGACGCUACCUGCCGCUACCUCACACGCCGCGCCAGCGUCAUGCAGCUCUCACUGCCGCUCAGCUGGCAGUAGUGCCGGCAGGCUCACUGAAUUACAACAUUCACCGGCGCUAUCGUUUCUCCUAUCGCGGAUGCGCAUAACGCUUCUCUCGCCCAUCUACGGCACGUUCACCUUCCUGCCGCUACCUCACGCGCCGCACCAGCGUCACACGCACCGCGCCGGUAGUUAUGCCGCUCAGCUGGCAGAACUACCGGCAGGCUCACUGUUCACACCAGGGUUUGAGGAGAUGGAGAUGGAGGUGAUGGAACGGCAGGGUAUCGUGUUGGGAGCGCAGGGGAGUGUACGAGCGGUGCUGCCAGACCUCUACACGGAUGCACACAUUGUGGUUCAUGGAGUGAAUAGAAUUAUGGUGCUUGACAUGUUACUAGACCUGUACAUGGUGCUGGACUAUACGUAUCAAACUUUAUUACUAAUCUAA